UCUUCUUUCAACAGCAGCAACAGUUAGUCAGACACCUCGGUAGCUUGAUAGACAACAGAGACGCACCAAUAAAGAUCUUUAGACGGGUUCGUAGAGCCAGUGUAUUUUAAACCCUUUACUGUCGUCUAGUUAGUUAUCCGAUUUAAUUUCAUAUUUACGGUGUUGUUAUUAUUCAGCUAGCUGGCUGGUUAAGUUAUCAUUAGCCUAGCUAGCUAACAUCCGCGACCAUGAGUUCACUAAGCUACUCUCCUCCAGCUAAAGAAGAGGAGGUCUGCUGGACGGAGAAAGAAGAUCUGGGGCUGAACGUUGUCGUGAAAGAGGAGGAGGAAGAGGAGGAUGUUACAAUACAAAAACAAGUAGAGGGUGAGGCUGUUACAGUGAAAGAAGAAGAGAAAGACGUUUCAGUGAAAGAAGAGGAAGACGCGUUCAGAGUGAAAGAGGAGGAGGAUGUUACAGUAAAAGAAGAGGAGGCAGAGAAAGAGGAGGAUGCAGUUUUUGGAGUGAAAGAGGAGGAGGGGGAGAUGACUGUCAUAUCGAAAAAGGAGGAGGAAGAAACUGGAUAUCUGGGCCCGGUUUCCCAAAGUCAUCUUAAGGCAUCCAAUGGUUCUAACGAUGAACUCAACCGUAAGAUGGUUUUGAAAAACACUUCCUCGAUUAACACUAGAGAGAGACGUGACUAUCGUGGAUCCUCUGGGGAGCCUCAACAACAUCAUGAAGCUGACGAGGCAGAGAAGAGUCUGUCCACAUCAGAAACCCUCAAGAAACACCAGCAGAGACCCACAGGGAAGAAACCUCACCACUGCUCUGACUUUAGAAAGAGUUACUCAAGAUCAUAUUCACUAAAAGUACACCAGAGAAUUCACACAGGAGAGAAAACAUAUCGCUGUAAUCAAUGUGGAAAGAGGUUUGCUCACUUAAAAACACUGGUAUUACACCUGAGAAUACACACUGGGGAGAAAUGUCACAGCUGCUCUGAUUGUGGGAAGAGGUGCACCUCUUUAGUUACCCUUAAAAUACAUCAAAGAAUCCAUACAGGAGAGAAACCUUAUAGCUGCUCUGACUGUGGGAAGAGGUUUAUUUGGUCAGGACAUUUAAAAUCACACCAGAGAAUACACACGGGAGAGAAACCUUAUAGCUGUGACCAAUGUGGGAAGACUUUUACUCAGUCAAACAACCUGAUAUCACACCAGAGAACACACACAGGCGAGAAGCCUUACCACUGCUCUGACUGCGGUAAGAGUUUCUCCAGAACAGAUACACUAAAAAUACACCAGAGAAUCCAUACAGGAGAGAAACCUUAUAGCUGCUCUGACUGUGGGAGGAGGUUUUUUUGGUCAGGACAUUUAAAAUCACACCAGAGAAGACACACUGGAGAGAAGCCUUAUAGCUGUGAUCAAUGUGGGAAGACUUUUACUCAGUCAAGCAACCUGAUAGCACACCGGAGAACACACACAAGAGAGAAAUAUCACAGCUGCUCUGAUUGUGGAAAGAGAUGUACCUCUUUAGUAACACUUAAAAUACAUGAGAGAAUCCAUACAGGAGCGAAAUGUUAUAGCUGUGACCAAUGUGGGAAGAGUUUUACUCAGUCAAACAACCUGAUAUCACACCAGAGAACACAUACAGGCGAGAAGCCUUACCACUGUUCUGACUGCGGGAAGAGUUUCUCCAGAUCAGAUUCUCUAAAAAGACACCGGAGAACACACACAGGCGAGAAAUCUCAUAGCUGUGAUCAAUGUGACAAGAGAUACUCUGAUAAAAGAUCUCUGAUCAAACAUCAGAAAAUUCAUACAUGAAGGAGUUGUUUCAUGAUAUCAAUGAAAUGAUGUCACAAUGUAGAAUGUUUUAACAUUGUAGUAGGAGUGUUCUAAUGAUGUCACAAUGUAGAAUGUUUUAACAUUGUAGUAGGAGUAUUCUAAUGAUGUCACAAUGUAGAAUGUUUUAACAUUGUAGUAGGAGUAUUCUAAUGAUGUCAUAAUGUAGAUAUGAUAUCAAUGUAAUAAUAAUAAUGAGUAUUUUAAUGAUGUUCUAUUGAUUUCAGUGUAACAUGGAUAUUAUAUAGCCUGGUAGCCUCAUCAGGGGAAAAAUGGAUAUUAUAUAGCCUGGUAGCCUCAUCAGGGGAAACAUGGAUAUUAUAUAGCCUGGUAGCCUCAUCAGGGGAAACAUGGAUAUUAUAUAGCCUGAUAGCCUCAUCAGGGGAAACAUGGAUAUUAUAUAGCCUGAUAGCCUCAUCA